GUCUCUCUCUCUCCUCUUCUUCUGCAAUGGCAGGCACAGUGUCCUCAGAUGCAGUGCAUUAGGUGUGGACCUCCUGUUCCCUCCUCACCACCGAUCAGCUCAAACGCCACAGGCUUUUCAGGAGGUCUCUUCCAGGGAUGUAGCACAAGUAGCAGACUCUUUAUGCUAAAAUACAGAGGAGAUGAAGAUGACCAUGCAGAGAGCUGUGAGCUCCACCUUGCAGUGCAGAUGGACAAACCACAACACCUAUCUGAGUUGCUGUGCCAGGACAGAUAUAAGAAGUAUAUUGAGAGCAGAAGUGGAUGGGGGGUCCCAGUAACUCCCCUCCGCCUGGCGGCUUCUCAGGGCUUUCUGGGGUGUGUGAAGAUACUUCUAGCCAAUGGAGCAGAGGUGGACUGCUUAGAUGUUAAAGCACAGACUCCACUCUUUGCAGCUGUGAGUGCUGGGCACUUUGAGUGUGUGAGGGCAUUAUUAAAAGCUGGUGCCAACCCCUGUGGCAGUCCUUAUAAUAUCUGCUCCCCUGUGCUGACAGCAUCUCGGAUGGGUCGAGACAAAAUUUUGGAGGAACUUCUGGAUUAUGGUGCAGAUACUAAUAUUAGAUCAAAGAAAACACCAAGGAGGGCAUUAUCUAGUACAGGUUGUAGCGGACCCUUAUACCUUGCUGCUGUGUAUGGCCACUUGGAAUGCUUCAGAACUCUUCUUCUUUAUGGAGCAGAACCUAAUUACAACUGUACAGACAAGGUUAUUUUAGGAAGAAUGAAGCACCCUGUGUCUGUGCUAGAGAUAUGUCUGAAGCGUGGCUGUGACCCAGAGUUUGUAAGUCUUCUCAUUGAUUUUGGAGCACAUAUACAUCUACCCAACAUGCAUGGAUAUCAGUCAUUGGCACUCCGCCAAGCCUUGGAGCUUCUGCAGAGAGAAAAAGAAUAUCCCAGAUCCCUGAUGUCUCAGUGUCGUCUCUCCAUAAGAAGGCAGCUAAACCAAAUGGGAAGGUUACGUCUCAUCGAUCAGCUGAAGAUCCCGCUAAGGAUAAUAAAAUACUUACAGCAUCAAACUGACUACUGCUGGGAAGAGACUGUCAGGAGUGAUAAGGAAUAUGUGGGCAACAAUACAUAAAAGAAACGUUUUUUAAAUAUUUAGGAUGUCCGAUCAUACAUAUAGGAAGAGGAGACUUGUUGACUUUUUUUCAACAAGAGAAAUAUAUUCAUAUGGGAUUUCCAACAUAGAAAUGUGCAGGCAUUUAAUUUUGUUGCAACUGUGCCAAAACAUCAGUCAUUUGACCGUUACGGUUCACGAAAAGUGAUUGGCCAAAGUCUUGUGACUGCUUUAUGGUACGGUAGGUUCACAUCGCAAAAUUCACAGCAAAAAAAACUCAGUAGCUGAAUCAGAAGCUGAAAGCAGGUGGUUUUUGGUGGCAGAUUUGUAAGUCAUGGUGGUUUUAGUGGCGUUUUUACUAGCGUUUCAAAAGGGUUUUUUAAAUGAGGUAUUUCUGAUUAUUCUGAGCUUAAUGGUCAUAUGGGCAGUGGUAUCAGUGAUUGCCAGCCUUCUCUGGAUGACUGUGCAGAUAGAGAUAC